UUAAAAAUUCAAAUAAACAUUGAUGGUUUAUCUUUGUAUAAAAGCUCUAAUGAAGAAAUAUGGCCUAUUUUGUGCUUAAUAAAAAACUUAAGAGCAGCACCAUUUGUGGUGGGUGUUUUUAGUGGUACUGGUAAACCUGAAAACGUUGAAGAAUAUUUAAAAGAAUUUAUUGAUGAAUUAAUAAAUAUUUUGAAGAAUGGAUUCCAUAUAAAUUCAAUAUUUUAUAAAGUAAUUUUUGACUGUUUUAUUUGCGAUGCUCCAGCUAGAGCAUAUUUGAAA